AUCUCACUGAUAAUCAUAUUAAUCAAAGUAAUUAGAUAAACUCGUAAUAAUUAAUAUAUAUAUAUAUAUAAUUUACAACAUUUACGACAGUAAAUAAAUAUAAAAUAAUGUAUAAAGUGGUCAGAAGAAAAAAAAAUAAUCAAGGCUGGGAAUCAAAACUGCGUCGUAUUCUACAAAAUGUAAACAACCGCUGCCAUCUUGGAACGAAAUAGGUUGACACAAGACUAUAAAAGUUAAAGUAAAAGCAGGAACUAGGACUUCAUUGAAACUAAAAAAAAGUAACAAAAAAGAACACAAAGGCCACUAGCGAAAAGACAGUAGGGAAUAAGAAAGCUACAGUAAUAGUAGAAAAGACUCCGGGUAAAAUGGCAGGGUUUCAACCAUCUACAGGGAAGCUUCAUUUGAUGGGACUUCUGAAUGACAAGACAUGGAAAGAUGCGCUGGCAACACGAGAAUACUUUAAUUUGGCGUCUUGUUUUAAAUCUUUAGAAACAACUUUACAGAAUGAGUAUGACCAAGGCAAAGAGAUAUUUCCACCCAAAGAAGAUAUAUUCAAUGCUCUUAACCUCACACCUUUGGAUAAGGUCAAAGUGGUUAUUCUUGGACAGGAUCCUUAUCAUGGCUACGGUGAGGCCAUGGGCUUAUCAUUUUCCGUGCAAAUAGGCACAGCUAUCCCGCCAUCUUUGAGGAACAUGUAUAACGAGUUGGAGAGAGACCCGAAAAUUCCUGGAUUUAAGAAACCUAACCAUGGCUGCCUUGUGGAUUGGGCAAAGGAGGGAGUGUUGUUGUUGAAUACUGUACUUACUGUGGAGUGAGAUUAAUUUCUUACCUUUAAACAAAGUAUAUAAAAUAUCCCUGUCUCAAAUGUUUCUGUAGGUUGGUGUUUCAACUUGCUUGCUUCUUUCUAAGAUAAUGCACGGAGGAGUAACUUACGGUAAUCGUGAUUUUUUAUUUAGCCACGAUGCACGAUGGUACGAUGGUGAAAACGCGAUGACACGAUGGUACUAUGGUGAAAACAUGAUUGUACGAUGAUGAAAACGCGAUGGUACGAUGGUGAAAUCGCGAUGGCGCGAUAGCACGAUUGUGAAAACUUGAUGUUUCACCAUCGUACCAUCGUUAUUUCACCAUCGUACCAUCGCGUUUUCAACAUUGUAACCAUCGGGCCAUCGUAUUUUCAUCAUCGUACAAUCGCGUUUGCCAUCGCGCUUUCACUAUCGUACUAUCGCACUUUCACCAUUGUACCAUCACGUUUUCACCAUCGGGUUUUCAUUAUCGUGCCAUCGCGUUUUCAACAUCGUACCAUCGCGUUUUCACCAUCGUGCCAUAG